AUGAAGAGACCACAAGCCCCACUUACAAAGAAAAAUCAUUUAUUUAAUGCAAGGUUUGAAGUGAUCCUAACAGUUUUAGGAGUAGGAGGAUUUUUCUUUACAUUUUGACUUGCAAAAUACAUGCAAAAAGAAAAACUAAAAAACCCAGAAUUUUACAAUCAAUAUAUUUUUGGGGAAGAUUCAGCCAGCAACGAAAUGGCAAAAUCAGGUGAAACAAAUAAUUAA